CUUUGAAUGCAUCACGUUUCCGGAGUGAACGCACAAACGCACCGGGCAGACAGAGGCAGGAGGGCGGCGGGGAAUCGAACAGUGACUCCACCGCUGUGACAACCGACAGCCACCUACUACACUCAUGUUGUCAUGUCAGCGUCCUGCACCCGUUCACCGUUCAGUGUGACAAACAUGGCUUUAACCGCGGUUCCUCUGACGGGCUCCACCGGCUGAGAGUCUCCCGCCUGGAAGUGAACUCAGCGGACCUCCCUCCCUCCUUCCGCCCGUCCUGCCCUGCUCUCAGGCCGCGUUCACUCCGUCGCUCGGCUCCCUCCAUGGCGGACCCUGCGGACCCAGCCCCGGGGAGCGAGUCGAAGGAGAAGACGGAGCGAGUGGACGACGCGGAGCUGGCCCUGCAGGGGAUCAACAUGCUGCUCAACAAUGGCUUCAAGGAGAGCGACGAGCUCUUCAGAAAAUACAGGAGCCACAGUCCGCUGAUGAGUUUCGGGGCCAGUUUCGUGAGUUUUCUGAACGCCAUGAUGACGUUUGAAGAGGAGAAAAUGCAGAUGGCGUUCGAGGACCUCAAAGCUACAGAGAGAAUGUGCGAGAGCGAAAACGCCGGCGUCAUUGAAACCAUCAAGAACAAGAUCAAGAGAAGUAUGGACUCCCAGAGGUCAGGGGGUGCUGCAGUGGACAGACUCCAGAGGCAGAUCAUCAUUGCAGACUGUCAGGUUUACCUUGCGGUGCUGUCUUUCAUCAAACAGGAGCUGUCAGCGUACAUUAAAGGAGGCUGGAUCCUCCGUAAAGCCUGGAAGAUGUACAACAAAUGUUACAGUGACAUCACACACCUGCAGGAGGGCAGCAGCAGAAAAAAGGAGUCAGAACACAAAUCCAAACCGUCUCCGUCGUCCUCCGCUGAGCCGUCGGUGCAAAGCCGCUCAUCUUCACCCGGGCCGAGCCCUUCCCAGAGACUUGACGGCAUCAGCUCGGAGGCUCUGGACCGGCUAAAAGGUUCGGUCAGCUUUGGUUACGGCCUCUUCCACCUCUGUAUCUCGAUGGUGCCGCCGCACCUACUGAAGAUCGUCAACCUGCUGGGCUUCCCGGGCGACCGUCUCCAGGGCCUCUCGGCGCUCACGUAUGCCAGUGAAAGUAAGGACAUGAAGGCGCCGUUAGCUACCUUGGCCCUCUUGUGGUACCACACAGUAGUGCAGCCCUUCUUCGCUCUGGAUGGCACAGACACACAGGCCGGCCUAACAGAGGCCAAGUCCAUUCUCCAGCAGCGGGAGGCCAUCUAUCCAAACUCCUCCCUCUUCAUGUUUUUCAAAGGCAGAGUCCAACGCCUUGAGUGCCAGAUCAGUGGCGCCUUGACGUCCUUCAGCAAUGCCUUGGAUCUGGCUUCUGGCCAGAGGGAGAUUCAGCAUGUGUGUUUAUAUGAAAUAGGUUGGUGCAGCAUGAUCGAGCUGAACUACAGAGAAGCCUACAGGGCCUUUGAGCGGCUGAAGACUGAGUCCCGCUGGUCGCAGUGCUACUACGCUUAUUUAACUGGAGUAUGCCAAGGAGCCACGGGCGAUCUGGAGGGAGCUAUCGCAGUUUUCAAGGAUGUUCAAAGACUUUUCAAGCGCAAGAAUAAUCAGAUAGAGUUGUUCUCCAUGAAGAGGGCUGAGAAGCUGAGGAGUCCCUGUCUGUCCAAAGAACACUGCAUCCUGUAUGUGAUUGAGAUACUCUAUCUGUGGAAAGCUCUGCCCAACUGCUCCACUGCCAAGCUGCAGACCAUGUCACACGUCCUGCAGGGCUUUGAGGAGGCAUCGUGCACAGGCCUGAAAAACCUGCUUCUUGGUGCCAUAAACAAAUGUCUUCAGAAUACCAAAGAUGCUAUUCAGUAUUUCCAACUGGCCGCGAGGGACGAGGUCGGUCGCCUAACCAACUCUUAUGUUCAGCCCUACUCCUACUAUGAACUGGGCUGUGUGCUGCUGAACAGCCCAGAGUCUGCAGGGAGGGGCCACAUGCUAAUGCUUCAGGCCAAGGAGGACUAUGCUGGCUAUGACUUUGAGAACAGGCUCCAUGUUCGUAUUCACUCAGCUCUGGCCUCUAUGAGAACUGCGGCUCAGCCUUGACCCCUGCACCUCAGAAAGAACUGGAAGAACGGGUGUUUGAAAAAGCCACAAUUUCAAUCUGGGCACUAAGGCUCUACUGUUUUAAUUUAUUUUUCAUAUGAGCCAAAUGGAUUUUAAAAUGUGUGCAAUAUAUACAUGUAGGUGUUUUACAGAAGAACAGUUGCAAGAGGAGUUUUACUGAUCUGUUACUGUCCUGCACAAUACAUUGAAUCUUUUUUAUUGUUUAUAUUGUUAAUUAAAAGAUUACAUACCAGUAAAACCACAUAAAUGUUUAUAAUUUUGAAAAGUCAGGUCAAUAAUGUAAAUGGCACAUAAAGUAUUAUCUGACAAAGAAAUGACUACUCGGUUGAUGACUUUGAGAAACUCUUAUUCUUACUAUCAGUGUUUGUCGCUGACUUGACAUUUGUGCUGUUGAGACUUUGCUACUCCACUGGUAUGACCACUAAGCACUGACUAGUUCUAUUAUUUUACCAUAGCCCCCCCUUUUUUUAGCAGAAUUGUUCUUGAUGUAAAUACGUGCUCACAAGUUUUAACCCUGUGCCAACAUCAUGUGGCACUUUCUGCUGUAAACUGGUUCCCACUUUAGAUCUGUUUGUUUUAACAUAAUAAAAAAUGAAUAUUGUUUUAUCCAGUA